AAAGGUUUAUUUUAAAAAUGGUCUCAUGCAGUUGGAGACAAAUUUAAUUUGUAAUCAAAUUAGGCCUGUUAAUGGUUCUAACAUUCACCGAUCCAAAUUGGCAAUACACAUCCCGCCGCGGAAGAGAAAAAACGCGCCAUUAAAAUGUGCCGCUAAAAAAGAACACCUGAGAUUGUCUUUUCCAGUCAACAGUCAACGAACGGUACUAUCAAAAACCUGCGAAGACCCACCCCUUCUCCUGAUUCCUCUUUCUCGCCACUGUAAACCUAACCGUUUCUCAACCGUCGCGUUUCGUGCUCUCGCUGGUGUUUAUCCGAUCCUGUGCCGUUGCUGGUUCUCGACGCGUUGAAGGCGACGAUGACUACGACGACUGAUGGAGAGGAGGAGGAGGAGGAGGAGGAGGAGGGGGGGGGGGGAAGCAAUCAAAGCUCUCAGUCGAUUUGAAGGAGAAGAUUGAUCUCACUGAGAACGAGCGGGAGAUUUUUGAUCGGUUUCUCGGUACUCUCCGUUUUUGCAACCUCGACACGCAGCUUCGCGUCGCGGGUGGUUGGGUUCGCGAUAAGAAUUUCUCAGCAGCGAAGGACGGAUGAAUCUUGUUGCUCUCGUAUUCGGGAUCCUCGCGCUGUUACAUAUCUGGACGGAUUCUCUUGUCGACAUCAAACCUAAUUUCUCUUCAGGCAAAGUGAUUUUGAUGGCUUCCAAUACCGAUCUCGAAGCUAAUUUCUUUUCACUUCCAUCAUCGAAGUCACCUGGGCCAAGAGAAGGAGUGCUUUACGUGGCUGAGCCUCUCGACGCUUGCCAAAAGUUGAGCAAUAAACCAGAGCAGAGCCCUAAUGGGAUUUCCCCCUUUGUAUUGAUCGCAAGAGGAGGAUGCAAUUUUAAGGAGAAAGUAGAAAACGUGGUUAGAGCUGGUUUUAAAGCUUUCAUAGUUCAUGAUGAUGUACACCGCGACAUUUUGGUACCAGGUAGAGUCAUGUUUUCAGAGGCAAAUAACUCCAAGAUUAAGAUUGAUCAUGCAGCUUUUGUCAGCAAAGCAAAUGGAGAAACACUAAGCAAGUACGUUGGUGUGGGCCAUAUCAAUGCCAGUGUGUUGUUGGUUCCUAGGUUAAACAAACCUGAGUGGUGGAUCUUCAUCGUAUCAUUCUUGAUCGGAGUUGGUGCUGCUCUGGCUGCUUGCAUUUUCCUAUUAAGACAAGCUUCUCGAGAUCUUCAGCUUGGUGCAGGGCGUACCAUCGAACAUGGAUCUCAUAGGACGGCUCAGAGUGGUGCAGUCAGACGUGUAUUCUCACAGGAUGAUAGAAUUGUCGGCUGUAAAAUCGUCUUUGUAAUAUUCUCAUCGUUGUAAUAGCAUAAUUAAUCGAUAAUAAUCGAUUCAGACGUUAAAAAAAGUUUUAUAAGAAAAAAUUUAUCAAAUAAGUGUAUACCAGAAAAUUAAUUAAACGAACUACAUAAAUUUUAUUAAAAGUUCAUAAAAACAGAUUAAAAUAAUUAAAAAACUAAUUUAAAUAAUAGCUCAUUUGACUUUUAUAUUUAAGAUAAAUAAAAAUAUUAUAGUUAUAUUUUUCCAAUUUACAUAAAUUACCAUCAUGUUUGUCAUAUUUAAAUUGAUGAAACGAGAUUUAAACGGUUUCUGACAUACACAUCAAUUUUGGAUGAAUGAAAUUAAACUCGUAAUGUUAACUAAAUUAAUAACAUCAUAAGUUGAGCGAUGUUGUCAUGCAUAAUAUAUACUUCGUGUAACUAAGUAUACAUUAGUUUAGUUUGCAUGGUUAGCCAUGUGAUGUCAAUAAUUUAUGUAGUCAGAAAUCAUUUUUCUUUUUCCUGCGAAUUCCUGCUCUCUAAACUAUAUUUGCUUUCUAUUAUAGUUUAUUUUAGGCUCUGAAUGGUAACAGUGGAUUGAGCCAGUUCAACUGCUUUGUAAUUUUAGCGGUUAUAAAAGUGUAUAAAUAUAUAGUAUAUGUUGAGAUUUUUUUAAAUGUUAAAUGUGGUGCGGAACGAAUCGUAACAUUCGAAACCUUAGUUAGGGUGAUGAUUUCUUAGACAAAAAAACACUUCCUGACCCCUCAUCCUUUGUCAUCUUAAAUAUUGUUGGCAAAUCUCAUGAUUCAAGAGCCAUUCGCUCAUUUAUAAGUUUGCUUUUCUUUUCUUUUCCGAAUGAAUGUAAAUUUUAUUCAAUCAAAAGCUAUGUACAACUAGUGCUUCUAGAU